AUUUCAAAAUAUUUUCUCCCAUGAUGCAAUGAAUCGCUCGUAACAACAACAACUCAAAAAUAUUGUAAACAAAGAGAAUUUAUACUGUUUUCACUACACAUACGAUAACUAUUGCGUUUAUUAAACACGUUUAAAAGAUCCGUGAUGGAUCACAAAGCAUUGCUUGAGCACUGUGUGGCAGUGUUAGAUUCAUUCAAUGCAGAUGUCCAGUCAGUGGAGAAUCACGUCAAUAAAUAUCUCAAGCAUUACGGUAUUCACAAUGAAGAUGAGCAGAUCUUCAUAGUUGAGGUGUUCUCUGGCUGUGUUCGCUACCUGGAUAUCAUGUCUAUCAUAGUGAAGGGAUUUUAUGCACGUGAUGGGAAAAACACACUUCGCUCAGAACAAAAUCUCUUCAUAGUUUUAUCAUACCUUGCCUUGUUUCGCCUGGAUGAGUUGGAAAUGGCCAAUUUCCGACAGUUUGUACGCUCUCAGGACAUCAACAAAAUGUACAAGUUCCUGCAGUUUUUCUUCAAUGAAAAAAGCAUCACAACUUGGAUGAAGGAUGAAUGGCAGAAAUUCUAUGAGCAUGUGUUUGUGCAGACUAAACUGGUGUCUCCAUUACGGCAGUGGCUUCCUGAGCUGUCUGAUAUGCUUCAACAAAUGAAGGAAAAAAUUGACAACGUCACCAAACCACCAAAAAAAGCUCUCACAAACACAGAGAUAAAGCCAUUCAAUAUAACAAAGCCGCGUCCAAAAAGUGUUCCUGUCCCGGAGCCGAUCCCGAAGAUGGAGAAGCGUAAGCCACCACCGGACACUCUGUACAGGGAGCCGUCAAAUAUUGAGAAGAUUGAGCGCAUUCGCCAGGAGAACCGGCGCAGAGCAGAGGAGCGUCUUAUGGAGGCAUCCAGGAAGCAGUUUGCUUGUGCCAACCCAGAGAAGUCCCAGAAGACAAAGGAGAAGAUACAAAGAAUCCUGACCGAAGAGCAGAGCAAACUGGACUUUGACAGACCCAAGACUAACAAGGUGCCCACCUUCCUGAUGACUCCACUCUCUAGUCGUUCCACGACCUCAACUCGCAGAAAUAACCAGGAGGUGCCAGUGAAGAUGACGGCCGCUGCCAUACUGAGGGAGGGUUUCCUGUACCAGCAGAGGGAGGCUGAGGAGAUUAAAAAACUUGAGAGCCUAGAGGCUGGUGCCAAGGACAAGUCGGACUUUGAGCGGUGGCAGUCAGAUAUGAAGCGGCGCGACCUUGAGUCAGAGCUUGCAGAUAUUGAGCGGCGGCGCCUGGAAGGCAAACUGAGCCACGAGGAGGCGAUACUCGCUCGUCAGAACAUUGUGGAGGAGAACAAACAGAGGGUCUCUGAGAUGAAGGAGGAGACUCAGAAAAUGAUGGAGCGAUACCUGGAAGAAAAGUUCAAGGAAGAGCAACAAAUGAAGCAACUUGUGGAAGACACAAUGCAAGGGCAUAAAAAUGCCAAAGAAUCCAAGAGAAAACUCAAAGAAUACAAACAAAAGAUUGUUGCGGAGGUGGCAGAGGAGAGCCGUGAGCUGAUGCGUCGCGCCAUUGAGGAGGCUGAGGCGGAGAUGCGGCGCCGCAUGGAGCUGAUCCACCAGAUACGGGCCAUGGAGGCGGUGCCGGCCAUACGACAGAAGUUUGUGGACCUCACGGCCACGUCUGGACAUGGCCUCUUGAGUGAGAUGUCCAUAGUGGAGUUGAGAGAAAGACUGGCCUUGCUGAGGAAUGCUGAGAAGGAGAAUGAAGAGAUGAAACGAGACGAGAUACUUGCCAGUAAAGAGGCCAAGGACCAGCUGUUACUGGACACCCUGGAGACCAUCUCCAAACAUCGCCUGGAACAGACUAAGGCUGCAGCCAUCAAGUUAGAGUCGAGAAAGAAAGGUGAGCCCAAGAAGUCAUCAGUACAGACGGAGGAACUGUCUGCCCUACAACAACGUCUCCAGGAGAAACGCCAGCAGAGACUACAGGCCCAGGAGGGCUCUAGACUGGCACCAAACACCCAGUCUGCCAAGAGAACCAAGAGUCUUAUUGACCAGAAGAAAAACCUCGAGGAGAGUCGCUGGAAGGAGUUGGAGGCGACGCGAGAGAGGACCGCGCAGCUGAUCCAGCAGAGCUACGCGCGCUCAGCCACCAGACUCAACACCAUGACCUCAGUCACAUAACUUCAUAUGUGACACACUCUGGGAAAACAGGGCUUAAUGCAUGUGCGUAAAGUGUUGUCCCAGAUUAGACUGUGUUGUCUUCACAGGCUAAUCAUGGACGACACUUUCAACCUUAACAUGUUUCUUGCUAUCACAGGCUAUUCUCUGAUGUAAUUUAAUGCACAUGCAUUAAGCAAGUUUUCUUAGAGUGGGGCUCAUAUGAUUGUGUUUAAAUUUGACAUUUUGAAUAUUAUAUUUUUGUAUGAAGACAUUUUAUUUAUGUAUUUUACUUUUACAUGUAAAUAAUUUAUUAAUAGAAGAGACUAUAAAUGCAGUAUUAUUAAAUAAUAUCAACUGAAAGUUUUUUAUUUAAAUUGUAACGCUGCAAUUUAAUCAUAUUCUGCUCUUAAAACAUAUUGUAUGUAUAUUUCAUGUUUUUGCUAUCUGUGAUAUUACAUAUUUCUGUAUUUGGAUUUGCAUUUUCGCAUAUGUCAAUGACCAUAAUUAUUUCAAAUAGAUUAAGUAAACUUUUGUCACUUAAGUUCUAAUUCUUUCAUCUUAAACUGUGUGUAUAAACCAAUAUAAUAUACUGGCACAAAAUGGUUUUUAUAAGCCCAUGUUAUCGUUUACAUUUUGUUGUUAACGCAACUGUAAAUGGGUUCUUUUGAAAUGUAUUUGCGACUUAAAAAUAUCUUGUUAGCAUGUGGAAAGUAUUUUCACCUGAAGGAAUUAAUAUCUAUUCUCUUAUGUGUCAUUUAAUACAAGCGAUAUUGAAUCGUACACAUUCUUGGGACAUUUCCCUUUCCUUUGAGAGUUGAAUCACAAAAAGAACCUCAUGUCACGAUACUUAAUCGAACUUCUAAUAAUGUUUUAUUGUUUUCUGUAACUGAUGUAUGUUAUGCACUGAUUAUUUGAUGUUUUGUGAAAUCAGCAAAGCCAGUCCAAUAUGGGUUGUUCGAAUACAUGGUAGACACAUAAUAGCUACUGAAGAUUAAAUAAGAAUAAUUUAAUAAUUUUGGGAUUUAAUGAUUUCAACAUUUUUUAUUGGUGUAUGUUAAAUGUGAAAAUAUAUUAAAACAAUACAAGUAUACAACAGAUUUCAAUGAUGCCUUUACAUUCAAAUCAGCGCAUUUCAAAGCCAUUUAAACCUUUCCCAAUCAGAAGCAAAGUGAAAAUGGCUAUGUGCAAACAGCAUAAAACCAGAACAGCCUGCGAGUAACUUGCAGUCUGUUAAGGUUUAUUGCUGUUUGCUGCUCAUUAGUAUCUUAGGGUUGGAAAUGAAGCCUUUAAAACUUGAAUCUAGUAAGAAAGGUCUUUAAUAAAAUUUAACUUUGUAAGGUACUACAAACACGUCAAAAUAUGUAUCUAAGUGGUAAAGGGUUAAACCAAUACAAGUAUGCAACAAAUUUGAAUGAUGUCUCCAGUUAAUUCUUGUAACAUAUCAGCAGAGCACAAAUGUGCAACAUACUUUGUUGAAGCACAUAUUUCUGGUAGGAUGACAUUGACUUAUACAUUUAUACAUAUCCUAAUCAGGGUGACAUUGACUUAUACAUGUAUACAUAUCCUAUGCAGGGUGACAUUGAUCCAGAUCAUCGUGAAAAUGACAAAAAUGUAACAAUACUAUGCAGUUAGUAUUGAAUAUUUUGUGACAGCUCUUGUGGAUAUUUAAUUUUAAAUGUUUAAAACAGCUUGGUAUCAGCCUAAGUAGGGAUGAAAAUGUUGUGUGUCAGUUUUUAAAAUGCUUAAAAUGUAUGUUUUCUGAAAAUGUUUGUUGUUACAAUAAAUAUCCAUAAGUUAA